AUGCCUGGCACGAAACAGCCUGUAACUACGGCCAGUGCAACCAGGUAUUUCAAAGAUGAUGAAGCUCAGGGCUCAGUAGACUCCAGCGUUCAAGAAGAAGACGAAGAGAAACCUGUAAAUAGUAAUGUUGCGAACAUUUUAGCGAGGCUCCAAUCUUCAGGUGCGCUGAUAAAGAAACCUAAGCAAGAGUACCGUUGCUACACUUGUGACGAGGACUUCCGUGACUGGGAAGAUCUAGAAAAUCAUUUAAUCCAACACGUUUCAUUGCCCUCUGUGGUGCUCGACAAGCUGCCGUCCGACGACGAGGAUGUUCCUCCUUCUGGAGAUGAAAACUGGUCUGACGAAGAGGAGGAGGCGCCGCCGCCUCCUGCUAUCAAAACUCCUCAAAAAAUUGACAUAUCCCAAAUACUCAAAAAUACUGGCAUCUCUUUAAAAAAAGCGGGCGAGACAGAUAACAAAAGCUCUGACUUGGCUUUAAACAAACUUAGCGGGCUAGGAUUUACUAUUAAAAAGAAUAACACGCCUAUAAAGAAGGAGCCAGAGUCAGAUCAAACAUCAAACGAUGUGAUGCAAAAAUUAGGAAAAUUAGGAGGCAUCAAGCUGAAGUUAAAAUCAGAUGGAAAUAAUACCAACUCAUUCAAAGUGAUAAAUGGUUUAAAAGAUUUUAAUGCCUCUGAUGAAGAAGAGGAAGGUAGUGGCAACGAAGACAAAGACGAGGAAUUUGAUGAAGACCAGGAUAAAUCCGGUGAACAUGAAGGAUCUGGGGCCGAUAAUGAAUCUGAUGGUGAAAACCCGCAAAGUGCUAGUAAUAACCGAAAGACAUCUGAAAGCGAUGAUUCAUCAAAGUCCACUGUUAAACCGAGUCCGCUUAAAAACUUACAGGGUAUGUCUGUCGUUCAGAACGAACCUGUAAAAAAUCAGCCAACUAAAAUAUCAAUCAAAGAAAUGCAGCAACCGAGGCCACCCGGCAGGCCUGCUGUAAAGCAGACCCCAAAACGAGCUAACCUUCCUAUUGCUGCAAAAGAAAUGCCGCAAACUGAAAAUCCGCUAGUAAAACAAGGUAUACAAAUACAAGAAAUUUCAAAUAAGUCUCCUGUCACGCCAGAAAGACGAGAGUCACGAGACACGAGUAACAUUGUUGUAAAGCAGGAAGUAGAAGCUGUCGAAACACAGUCAUCAAAUGUUCCUAUAUUUUCUGCUCAAAUCAAAUCUGAAAGGACCUCACCACCACCAGUUGAUUCAAUAUCCACACCAAUUAUAGCCAGAGUUAAAACAGAACUGGACGCGUCGUCAACACUUCCCGCCUCAGCUGCACAUCUAACAUCACCUGCACAAUCUGGGCAGCCUGCACAGCCAGUGUACUCCAGUCAAAGCACAUCAACGAAAUCAAAUGCAGCUAUCCCACUUCUACCUGUCACUAAAACUGAAGAUGCAGGCUUGACCAUCAUAGAAAUAAAUGGAGACUCAAAUGAUGAAGAUGAUGAUUGUUGUGUGGUGUCUGCGACACCAGCGCCCGAUAUUAAACCUAUUAUACCUAAAACUGAAAGUAAUGCCAUAUCUUAUCCAACUACUCCGUCGUACUCUAGUUCACAACCUAAUUUCAGUUCCUCGAGUAUGCUUUCUACACGUUUGACUGCGCCAUCUACAGAAAAACAACAUAAUUUUAAUUGGAACGCUCCAGAUUCGAAACCACCAUUGGACAUGUUGGAAAAAAGCACAGAUGACAUUUUUGAGAGUUUAUUGUCAAGUACAACAAAGAAAGAAAGCCUUUCAAUAUCGGAUGCAAGUGAAUACAUAUCCUUGGACACAUUAGGUCCUCAGCAUACAUGUGAUGUAUGUAAUACUAGAUUUACUGAUAUUUCCUUGCUUGAUGACCAUAGACGAAUGACGGGACACUCAAAGUCUUUAGUUAUUCCGCCUACAUCAUCGACACUUAUGCCGUAUAAUCCAACUUCCAACAUUCUCUCAUCGUUGUUGCCCGUAAAACAACUCGCUGACCAAGUAGGGAAACUGACAACUAUGGGAAACAGCGGACCUGGAUUUACCCAUCAGCAAAACGUCAUGAUCAACAUCCAGGCCUACCCAGGAGGCGGAGGUAUGAUGAUGCCACCACAAUCAUAUGGUUCCUAUGGCGCUGGGCAAAAUAUGCCGCCAGAUUUUUCACAAGCAGGUGGUAAUAUGUAUGGUGCUCCUGGACAAACAAUGCCAGGACAGUAUCCGGGACAAAGUUAUGUUGGGGGACAACAUAGCUAUGGACAAUUCCAGCCGGGUAUGCCUAAAAGUGGGUAUCCUGGUACAAUGCCACCGAAUCAAUAUCCUCCGUCUUCAUCACCGUACUCCUCCGCUUCCCCCCUACAAGGUAUGCAGCAAACUGUUUAUGGACAAGCACCUAUGGGUGGCAUGAAUUCACAAAUGGGUCAAAUGGGCCCACCUGGAGCCCCCUUUGCUCCGACGUCUAGUUCUAGUGGAACUAUGAAGCCUCCUUCAAGUGGUAUUAAGAUACAGAAUGUACAGAACUUCCCCGUUGGACAAACUAUAGGACAAAUGUUACCUCCUGGUCAGAAUGCCUCGGGAUCAGAAAUGGGUGGGUCAGGAGGGUCUACUGGACAAGUUCAAAUGCCCUCGCCGAAUCAGAUAAGAAUGGCCCCGGGAGCGAAUAUCACCGGUACGAGGCCACGUAUGGCUAAUCCGAGAGGACCACGACCUUCCAUAAGACCAGGUAUUCAAGUUCAAGGCCAGGUACGAGGACAAAAGCCGCCAAUGCGUAUGCCUAUGAAAAGGCCGGCGGGAAUGACUGGAGGACCUGGUCAGAAGCGACGACCAGAUAUGCUGCUUCCUGGGAAACAUGAUAACGAGGACUGCCAGGUAAUGGCAAUGCAAAAGCAAAGAGAGGGGCUACCAAUGAUACACAGUGUACAGGGAGCAAAGGACAAGUUAAAUUUUGGCAGCCAAAUAUCUGUUACUAAAAAGACUGUUAAUAAGGAAGCGAAUGCAAUGGCAAAUGUGUUAGCAUCAAGAGGAAUUAGUAUCAAGCAGAAACAAAAAAGUAGAUCACCAACUCCAGAAAGACCUGUCCCUCAUAUCCCUAACCUAGGCGCUGGUGUAAGUAUUAAACAUACUUCUAAAACAAGCAAUUUUUCAAUACCUGAAGCAAAAGUUGGUGGCGGCAUGCUAGCAUGUAGAAUAUGUAAAAAGAUGUUCAUGAAUCAAAAUUCACUAUCAGUCCACAUGGCAGCUGCGCAUCCACAGAGUAAAGUGCCCGUAUUUAAAUGUGAUGAGUGUCCAGCAUCAUACCCUAAGUCCCUUCAGUUACAGCACCAUAAGAGGGUGUUCCACAAUGUCAGUGGGCCAAACAGAGAAUUAGGUUUGCCCGUUGUGGAUUUGUCACAAGAGGACAACUUGAAACGAUUGAGUAGUUUAGGGAUAUAUAGUUUUAUACCACUUGCUAACAGAGAACAAGCAAAUGGAUGCUUUGGAAUACCAGUAAUCUCAGUACAAAACGCACAAAAUGGUUUGGUAAACAGUUUGCAGGCGUUAGGAGCUGAUGGUUUAUUAAGUUUAGGUCCACUCAAACCGUUACCAAAUUCAUAG